AUGGCUCUGAGCUCCAGGGCACAUGCAUUUUCAGUAGAGUCACUAGUGGGGAAGUCAAUAAAAAGAAAACUACAAGAUAAUACAGAAGAAAAUCACCAAGAGGAAGUAAAGGAAAAGGAAGACCAAACCCAGGGAACUGCCCUGUCCCUCCCACUUUCUGAAAAAAAAAGAACCAAGCCAGAUAUCCCCUCUUUAUCUUCCAAAAAUGAACACAAUCAUCUACAAAGCAAAGAUCCUAUUCAAGUGGAGUUACAGGGAUCUGAGCUCUGGAAGAGGUUUCAUGAAAUUGGCACGGAAAUGAUCAUCACCAAAGCUGGAAGGAGAAUGUUUCCUUCAGUUCGAGUAAAAGUCAAAGGCCUUGAUCCUUCUAAACAAUAUUAUGUUGCUAUGGAUGUGAUUCCUGUGGAUUCAAAAAGAUACAGAUAUGUCUAUCAUAGCUCCCAGUGGAUGGUUGCAGGGAAUACAGAUCAUUCCUGUAUUUCUCCAAGGCUUUACAUUCAUCCGGAUUCCCCUUGUUCAGGAGAAACCUGGAUGAGGCAGAUAAUUAGCUUUGAUAGAGUAAAACUGACCAAUAAUGAGAUUGACGACAAAGGACAUAUUAUUCUGCAGUCCAUGCAUAAGUACAAGCCUCGUGUGCAUGUUAUAGUCCAAGACUCCAGAUUUGACUUAUCUCAGAUACAGUCACUGCCAGCUGAAGGGGUUAAAACAUUUUCUUUUAAGGAAACUGAAUUUACCACAGUUACAGCUUACCAAAAUCAACAGAUAACCAAGCUGAAAAUUGACAGAAACCCUUUUGCAAAAGGAUUUCGAGACCCUGGGAGAAACAGAGGUGUGUUGGAUGGUCUUUUGGAAACAUAUCCUUGGAGACCACCUCUUACACUAGAUUUUAAAGCCUUUGGGACAGACACACCUGGGGGAAGCUCCUCACCUAUUACCUCCAGUGGGGAUCCAUCACCUUUGCUUUCUCCCUCAUGCUCACCACCAUCAUUUCACAUCCCUGGCAGUAAUUUUGCAAUACCGUGCCCGGAAAGCUAUUUACAUAACAUCAGCAUGCCUUUGUGUUACAAGAUUUGCCCUACAAACAUUUUGAGACCACAGACUCUUUUAUUAUCAAACCAGGAAAAACUUGGAAGUUCAGUUUCAAAUGCUCCAGUGACAAUGGACGUUCCUUUGUUGUCGUCUUUGGGCAUUUCUAAAUCUAACAAACUGGAAGCUAUCAAAGGGCAGUGUUUCCCAGCACCUUCUAUCAACCACAUGUUUUAUGGAUUACCUGCAUCUGGCAGCAUUUUCCCCUCUGAUUCUUUAUCCAGGGAAUCACUUAAUUGUUCUUUAUAUCCUCCCUAUAGCUUUUAUAGUUACAAUCUUUCAGUACCAUCACGUUUGAUCUCUUCGGCAAGCCAUUUUAAAUUGACUGAUAAUUUCCCACCUACUUUUAGGUGCAGUAAUUCCAACUGGCAUUCAUCAAUCAACCAUUGUUUAUAA